GCAUUUGCAACGACUGACAUUUGUACGUAGUCUUGAGUAAAAUCCAUUCAUUAUCUCAUCUCUGUGAUACGAAGGUCAGCUACGGGAGUGAAUUCCAAAUUUUACUUGCCUUUGGUUCGUGAUCGGUUACGUGAAUAUCGGAGUGAAGACUCUGAUAUUAUUAGUUUAGUUAUUAACGCUAAUGUUGAUAUUAUUUGAUUAUAUUUGUGUUCGGAUAUUCACUGGUCAAGUUUGCUCUUCCUAACCUUCUUUAAAUUGUGUCGUCCUUGAUUAAUUUUCCCGUUGAAGCCUGUGCUCAUGGUCAAUUCACUUUUGUAGCAUAUAAUUCUCUUCUUUGAGCAUCCCUUUUUAAUUGACUGAUAAACAAUUACCAGUGUUGCUGUUAUUUCAUGAUUGAAUGUGAAUUUUUACACAGAACCUAGUAAAAACAUUUUCAAGUAAAUAUUUAGAACUCAACUAAUUUUGAGGUGAAUAUAAUUGAUUAAUGAUUACAAAUAUUACUAUUUAUAAUUAGGCUACUGAAGACUUAUUGUGAAACCAUAGUUCUUCAUGUUCUGAGGAAGAAUUGAAGAUAAUACUACUUUUACUGCAGUACUCUCAAACAUCUCAUUAUGGCUGUGGGAUCUUGUUUCGUUUGGACUUUAAUGGGAAUGUUGGCAGUUCUUUGUGAGGCCACAGAGGAAACUGUGGCAGCUCCUGUGAAGGAUGAACCCAUGUUCGGUGUGUUGGAUAUUGUGCUGAUCGUUGCUCUUCUGGGUAUCGCUGGCUGGUGGCUAUUCAAACGUAAGGAUGACUCGAGCUCGAAGCCUGUGUACACGAUACAACCGACAACGCUGGGGGCACCCUCUCAGCAGACAGGAGAGAACUCGUUCAUCAAGAAGCUCAAGUCAUCGGGCCGUUCGCUUGUGGCGUUCUAUGGCAGCCAGACUGGCACGGGAGAAGAGUUUGCCGGCCGUAUUGCCAAGGAGGGUAUACGAUAUCACCUUAAGGGCAUGGUGGCCGAUCCUGAGGAGUACGAAAUGGGCGAGCUAAUCAACAUGAAGGACAUCCCCAACUCACUGGCAGUGUUUUGUCUAGCUACAUAUGGAGAGGGCGACCCGACAGAUAAUGCUAUGGACUUCUACGAGUGGCUGCAAAACGGUGAAGCUGACCUCACUGGCCUCAAUUACGCUGUGUUUGGGCUGGGCAACAAGACAUAUGAACACUACAACGCUGUUGCCAUCUACGUAGACAAGCGGCUGGAGGAACUGGGAGCUACCAGAGUAUUCCAACUGGGUCUGGGCGAUGAUGAUGCUAACAUUGAAGAUGACUUCAUCACGUGGAAAGACAAGUUUUGGCCAGCCGUGUGUGAACACUUUGGCAUGGAGGCGACAGGUGAGGAGGUGAGCGUGCGACAGUACCAGCUGACCGAGCAUCCGGAAAUCAACCCCGAGCGUGUCUAUACAGGCGAGGUGGCUAGGCUGCACUCACUUACCAACCAACGCCCGCCUUAUGAUAUGAAGAACCCUUUCUUAGCUCCAGUCAGAGUCAACAGAGAGUUACACAAGUCUGGAGAUCGCUCUUGUAUGCACAUCGAGUUCGACAUCAAUGGCUCAAAGAUGAGAUACGACACUGGUGAUCACGUUGCCGUCUAUCCAGAGAAUGAUGCAACAUUAGUGGCCAGACUCGGCAAACUUUUGGAUGCAGACUUGGACACGAUCUUCACUCUCACCAAUACGGACGAGACAGCGAAGGAUUCCAGCAAGAAACAUCCGUUCCCCUGCCCAACCUCCUACAGAACUGCUCUCACGUACUACAUCGACAUCACGUCAAACCCUCGCACUCACAUCCUCAAGGAGCUGUCAGAGUACGCACAGGACCCUAAGGAGAAGGAACAGCUGAGACUUAUGGCGAGUACUAGCCCUGAGGGUAAACAGCUGUACAACCAGUGGAUCAUCCAGGAUAACCGCAACAUCCUGCACAUCCUGGAGGACAUGCCGUCAGUCAAGCCAGAGAUAGACCACUUGUGCGAGUUGCUCCCCAGGCUGCAGUGUCGUUAUUACUCGAUAUCGUCGUCUUCUAAGCUGUACCCCACGACGGUACACAUCACCGCAGUCAAGGUAGAGUACACCACUCCCACCAACCGACUCAACAAGGGAGUGGCAACCUGCUGGCUGAGCAACAAGAUACCACCUGUAGACGACGGCAGCCCUCCAAUGGUUCCUAUCUUCAUUCGGAAGUCACAGUUCAAGCUUCCUACUCGUAUGCAGACUCCAAUCCUGAUGAUAGGACCAGGAACCGGUUUGGCUCCAUUCCGAGGGUUCAUCCAAGAGAGGGAUCUUGCUAGACGAGAUGGUAAACCUGUUGGAAACACCAUUCUGUACUUCGGCUGUCGUAAGAAGGCUGAGGAUUUCCUGUACCAGGAGGAGCUGGAAGGCUAUGAGAAAACAGGCCUGUUGACGAUGCAUGUAGCAUUCUCACGAGACCAGGGUGAGAAGGUGUAUGUAACUCAUUUACUGAAUCAAAAUAAGGAUGAGGUUUGGACAGUCAUUGGGGAAAACAACGGCCACUUGUAUGUCUGUGGUGAUGCAAGAACAAUGGCAAGAGAUGUGCACGAUAUUGUUGUCCAAGUGGUCCAAGAGAAAGGUAACAUGACGCAGGAGCAAGCACUGGCCUAUGUCAAAAAGAUGGAGGCGCAGAAGAGAUACUCCGCAGAUGUCUGGAGCUGAACAUGUCUAUGCACGCCUACUCUUGACAAUCUGCCUCAGCUCAUUUUAGUUAUGGAGAACUAAUCAAUCUUGUUAAUAGUUGAAUUUUAAGAAAUCACUAAUUGCCUUCUUAUAGGGAUAGACAGUUGAGUAACCUUUAGAAGCUAGUCUUCUGUUAGAAAAUUAUAAUUUUAAGUUUUAUUUAUUUUUUACACAGAACAAGGUAGUAAUGUUAAUUAAUGUAUAUCUAAGGGAUUUGUUCGAUUUGUGAAUAGCAUCAACACAAGUUAAAAGAAAUCAGAAAUAUUUGACAGUUUAGUCUUUGCAAAAAUCUACAUUGGAUUUUUGGUUCAAAUUUCUAUGUUUUAAUAAGUUUCCAAACAGAACAAGUUGUGUGACAAAAUUGUUCUCAAAAAAUUCUUGAAACGUGUUUGACAGAUCAAUUGACGUUUAUAUGAUUAAGGAUGUGUAUGCUAACACACAUGUGACUUUAAAGCUUUUUAAUGCCUUUCAUAUUGAGAGGUUGAACAAAUGUAGUGUCUUUUUCAAAACCCAAAAUGGACUGUUCUUAAGCUAGUCCAAUUCAUUGUCAAAUUGUAUGCUGCCUGAAUGUGUCAGUGAAUUGCCAUCCACCAGUUUACUGACAUCCCUUGUUUAUUUUUACACAAUUUUUUAAAUAAUUUAAAAAAAUGUGCCAAGAGCGAUGCCCCUUCCUCACCUUAAUCUUAAAUGUUUUAAUCGGGGAUUUCACAAACACGCCUUUUAAGACAAAAUCGAUAUUUUCAUUAUAUAGACUCUUGGAUGUUGUAACAUGUGGGCUGGUAAUACGUUAUAUCCAUAAUUCAUUAGUUUUUUCAUAGUGUACAUUUCAAUAUCCUUCAGCAUGGACUGAAAAGCUAGAUUAUGUGAGAACACAUAACACUUUCCUAUCUCUUUCUAACAGGCUCAACAAUUUUUCAGUGCUGCGUCUUUUCUAAUGUGAUGUUUAAUUAUGCUAUUUGUGAUAAAUACUAAUAGUUUAGUUAGAAGUAACAAUCCAAAUAUAUUUGUAUAGUUUAGAGUUUGAAAAAUUCUUUUUAAUUAACAGUAAGUUUUUAUUCCUGUCUUAAAAGUAUUUAUGCCCAUCUGAAAAUAACAUAUUUUUUAAUUCAUUUUACAUGACAGGGUGGUAAAUGCUCCACCAACCUAUUUCAAUUUGUUUUAAUGUAUUAAUUUUAAGGUACAAUCCAAAAACAUUAUUAUCUGUGCUGUAACAAUCUGGUAUUAAUUUAUUUUGCAAUUGCUACUAUAUUUUAAAUUGUGUAUAAGAUGGACCAUUAAGAUCUCGGUUUACUAUCUGGUCUUAAACAAUAAAAUGGGCCCAAAAAAACAAAUAUCACAGGGUAAAAAUUGCUUUAUAAGGCAUAAAAAUUAACUAACUAUACAUUGAUUGUUGUUUUAGAUCUUGAAGCUAAAGCAACUUGUAUUAAUAUUGAGAAAUGACUUUAACUUUUGCCUAUGAAUGUUCAUUAGGCAUGCUUGAGUCAAAUUUAUAAUUGAAAAGAAAACAAAAAUGGACAACAAAUAUUAAAUCAAAUCACGUUUUUCUUUUUAUAAAUAUUAAUAGUUUUAGUAAUUAUAAAAUAUUCUUUUAAGAUAUCAUCAAACUUUGAAUAGGAUUGCACUGUUAUUAAAUAAUCCCAAAAUAUUAAAUCAUAAAUAACUUUUACUUUAAAUCAUGGAACUCAUUUUACCAUCUUUCAUAUCAAGUUCACAAAAAAGUAUAAAUAAAAAAUAAACUAUAGAGUAUUUUUAUGUAGAAUAUUUUUAUAAAAAUAAAUGUUAUUGCAUAGUUUUUAAGAGAUUUAUACUGUAUAUAUGGUAGGAUUAACAACUGUCUUGCUCCGUAAAUUAAUUGCCGUGAUUGUAUAUAUUUAAGUUGUUAAUGUUCAUUUUUGUUAUGCAUAUAAAUAAAUAUAUUGAAAUUUAUAUAGUUAUUACUUAAAUUAUGUUUAUUGUUAUGAACAAUACUUUUGUUUGAUAGUGUUUAAAAUUUAUAAAGCACUUUUGUCUUUGGUGAAAUAAAAGUUUUAAUAUUAUUCGGA